AUUUCAGUUAACUCUCAGCUGUGCAACGCGACGCUUGUCAAAAAUUUUACGACGUGAGUGCAAGACGACGAAGAAGAAUUGUUGAACAAAUUAACGGAAAUAUCAAAAGCUAAAAAGUGAAUAAACGACUUGCAGAAAAAAGUCCAAAAAAAUACAAAAAAAAAAGAAAAAUUAAUAAAAAAAAAUUAAUCAAGAAAAACAAUUUUCAGCCAAACGCAAUAUUGAAGAAUUUAGCUGAUAAAAAAAAAAUAAACAGUGCAUUUCUUUAAAAUUUAUUUACUUUCUCGUUACCUUGAGUGCCCGUUGCUACGUCCAAACACACACCCUUAAUAUACAUACCUGAAGUAUAACAACGGAAAGAUUGUGAAAUUGCGCGCGUGGAAGAACUUAACGAAGAAAACACUAAUUGAGUAAAAUCUGGGGAGAAGCGGAUAUAUUUGGAUAAUACUAGAUUUCGUUUGAAAGAGAAAACGAUCACGACAAACCGAACAUGUCCGAUACAUUAAGCCGCGUCAAGCUGCAAUUACGCCCUGUCAACGGCAGUGUGCUCAACGGCAAUGGCAUUGGCAAUGGUGGUGACGAAAAGACACCGUCUUCACCCGCCACUAAACUGCUCAUCAAUCAUGGCAAACCGAACUACACGAUACAACGCUCACCGAAGGCACAACAAAAUGGCGGCACGAACCCGUUAAAUGGUGAAUUGCAGAAUAACAAUCGCAAUAACUAUUAUCCCUACAAAAGUGCUGGCGUCAAGGGCAACACUGGCAUUUUUACAAAUGGCAACACCGCCUACAAAACAAAUGGCAAUGCCGUGAACAAUAACAAUAACAAUAACAACAGCAGUAACAGCAGUCAAAGUGGUGACGAAAUUGUUAUACAAAGCACCAAAUUUAACGGUGUUUUCAAACCAGCCAACUUACAGCAUUUGGAGAGUAAAGAUGAAAUAGACAAUCCGGUUGUGCUGAGGCGUGUACCGAAAGUGGAAGCCACUCCAGCGGCCACCGAAAAUGGCAAUGAUGAGAAUGUGCCCGAGUUCAUACUACGACAGCGUCGCAUACAGGAACGUCUGGCUAAGGAGAAUAUUUUGGAUUUCGAAAGUCGUCGCAGUGGCUACUUCACGCACGUCGUCAUCUCGCCAACAUCGCCGAAUCGCACCUCGUUGGUAGAGACCAUGUCGAGUCCACCAAUUGUGCCUGCUUUGGAGAUACCACCACCGGCUAAGGAGUCGAGAGAGGCCUCCAUUGUUGAGGAGAACAGCGGUGAAGUGAGCGAGGCUAAUGGUGAGGUGGUGCCAGCCCGCGAAGCACACGAGGAGCAAAGUGUACCAACCUCGGCUACGAAUGGUCAAGUUGAAGAGGAAGAGGUAGCAAAAGCUAUUGAAGAGGUUAAUAAAGCUGUCGCAGGCGAGGUAGACGAUGAGAAAACAGAAGAGGUAGUGGAAGAAGACAAGUCAACUACUGUGGUGCAAGUUGAAGUGGAAGACGCUGCAACAACAACUGCAGCAGUUGAGCACAAAGAGGUAGAACAAGAGAGUGUAGAGCAGGAGAAGGCAGUGCAGCACGAAGUGCAUCCGGUGAGGGUUGAAGAAACACACAUCGAAGAGGCACACACACCAGUCGUCUCUGUAGUUGUUACUAGCGCAAGCUUGGCUGAAGCUGAAGCACCACAAGAAGCACAGCCGGCUAUACCGGUAGUAGUAGAGCCAGCCGCUAACGUGGUAGUGGAAUCUCCGCAUAAGGAAGAAAUUGUGGUUGUGGCACAAGUUGAAGCUGCCACGGAAGUUUCGAAAACCGAGGAUGAGCUCAAAGAAAACGGACAUGCUGUUGCCGUAGCAGUGCAAGAAACAAACAAAACUAAUGGAAACGUAGCGGAAGAUGUUACCAUCUCGCACACAAAUGGCUUGGCCAAUGGAUAUUCAACACCCAACAUACCCAACCCCGAUCCCAGUGGCGCCUUGGGUGUGAACUACGAACCAAAGACCGUGGUUUCCUUCUCCAAAGAUUUAGGCGCACCAAACAAAUAUCCCGACACCGUUAAAGUUGUGAAAACAAAUGAAGCUGACGGUGGUGAAAAUAAUGCGGUCUCAGAAGCAGCGAGCGAUGAGCUGAAGGAAUUGGCGAAAUUGAAGUUCGACAUCAAAGCCGAUGAUCAGGAUGUACAAGUGACGCCGGUAUUACGCAGCGACUAAGGCAAAGAACGAAACUAUGCGCUGAGAGAGAGGCCAGUAGUGGGAAGGGAAGAGGUGGGAAGAGAGCAUUAAGGGGGGAAUAAAAAGCAAUUAGCAAAAGAUGGGGGUUCGUAAUUCGUUCAUUGUAUAGGUAUAUAGCACAAUUGAGAAAAAUCGCCUUAAGAAGAAGUAAAUAAAAAGUUGACAGUCUUUAUAAAGAAGAAAAUUAUAAUGAUAACUGCAAAUUGAUGGUAUUAGCAAAAGAA